CAACAACAAUGGCAGAACUUGUCAUACUCGAACGGACACCAUCACAGCAAGUCCACCAGCAAGAUAACGAUGACGAAAUUAGUUACCAUGAACACGACAGCGUUGUCGAGGGCCAUGCUGCGGAGUCAAGUGAACGACCAGACGCAGAGUUCCCGACGGGGAUCAGACUCUGGCUGACCAUACUCUCCGUGGUCUCCAUCCUCGUCCUCGCCAGUAUAGACAUGAACAUAGUUGCCACAGUAGUCCCAGCUAUAACUGAUCACUUUCACACGGUAUCUCACGUCGGCUGGUACUCCUCCGCCUUCAGACUCUGCGUCUGCGCUUUCCAAUUCGUCUUUGGGAGAGCAUACAAGCUCUUCUCCGUCAAACGCAUCUUUCUCCUUUCCAAUAUUAUCUCCAUAGCUGGGUCUGUACUCUCGGGCGCUGCUGUUUCGUCGACAAUGCUUGUUGUCGGGAGAGCGGUGGCUGGGUUGGGAUCUGCGGGGCUCUUCGCUGGUUCGUUCAUCAUCAUCAUUCAAUGCACCCCUCUCCGUCGACGACCUGUAUUUCUGGGAGUCUUUGGUGCUGCUGAAGGUCUCGCUACCAUCGCCGCGCCGUUGAUUGGCGGUGCUCUUCAGACACUUAGCUGGCGAUGGUGUUUCUACAUCAGCGUGCCUACGGGUGCUGUCACACUUCUUCUUACCAUGUUUUGCCUGUCGGAUGAUCAUAAGCCUAGUGGAGUUGCUGCAAUGACGUUUAAGCAGAAGGUUGCUCAGCUUGACCUCGUUAGUAACAUGUUACUUCUCCCAGCGCUCACAAGCCUCUUUCUUGCUCUUUCAUGGGCUGGCACUAUGUACCCCUGGAGUAGCGGCCAGGUUAUUGGACCUCUCCUCACAUUUGCUGUUCUUCUUGGUGUAUUUUUUUGGAAUCAGGUCCGUCGAGGCGACACUGCUGCACUUCCGCCUCGCAUUAUGAAGCAACGUUGUGUGAUUGCGGGUUUCAUCUUCAUAUUCUGUGUCAACAGCACAGGCGUUGUACUAGAAUACUAUCUACCAACCUACUACCAGCUCGUUCGUGGCUACACGCCUGUCAAGAGCGGCUACAUGAUGUUACCUAUCAUCAUCGCAGCGACAAUCGGUUCACUCAUCCAUGGAGCGGGGACCAGUGCAUUUGGUUAUUACACGCCCUUCAUGCUCUUCGCAUCCUUCAUCAUGCCAGUUGCGGCAGGGCUUAUCACCACGUUUAAGAUUGAUACCAGUUUCGAGAAACUCAUUGCUUAUACGGCACUUUCAGGCUUGUCUUACGGCAUUGGGUUCAUUGGACCUCAAACAGCUGUGCAGACAGUUCUCCGGGCUGAAGACGUCCCUCUUGGUUUGUCCAUCAUGCUGUUCGCUCAAUCUUUUGGCCCGGCUGUGUCUGUUCCCAUUGCACAGGUGCUCUUCACUAACCGGCUCUCUGACAACCUUGAUGGAGUCAUACCGGGUCUGAAUGGAACGCACAUCAGCAACAGCGGUCUUGGCGAAAUGGUUAGCAAUGUGUCAGAAUCUGCGACAAAAGAUGUACUAGUUGCAAUUGACAAAAGCCUUGGGCAGACAUGGUAUCUUGUAGCUGGGCUGGCUUCAGUCGCGAUAGUUGGAAGCCUGAUGACGGAAUGGAGAUCAGUCAAGGAGAAACGCGAAUGAAAUGAUAUCCACGUCUACUGGCUACUCCUCGGCAUUAUAGUCUUGAGUACAGGCAGGACUGGCCGGUUCGUAUUGACCCUCCCAUGAACAACUGUUAUUUGAGAGAACUGUCGUUAUGAAAGGUCGGAGCGAGCGGGAACAGGUUAGGAUGGUAAGCUGGACAAUUUCAGCAAAUGAUUUGCUGCCUUUUGACCAGACCCUGGCAGAAUAAUAGGGAAAUAAACAAUGUAUUAACAUUGUCUUCGCUACCGCCUACAGGCUCCAAAAGGAUGUGUCGGC